CUUUUGGCUUCCAAGGUAUCAUCUUGGCUUUGCUUCACAUAAGUGAGAGAGAUAAUAAAAAGGCAAUUCUCUAGCCAACCACUCAAGCAAUGUCCAGUUUAUAUUUGUCUUCCCCUGCUUUGAAGAGCCAUGUGUUGCUAAGAAGCCCACACUAUAAUUCUAGAUUUUCAUCACCUAGAAUCAUAACCUUUCCCAAGAAAACCUACCAAAAAUCUGUCAUUAUGUUGUACAACAACACUCCCAUUGGAACCAGCCUCACCAUUUUUACCCAAAGAUGGUUACCAACACAAAUUUAAAUGGCGCAAAAUCAUCGAACCUUUUCUGAUUAAUGCACAAAAAGAUGGUGCAACAGUAACAGAGGAUAUUGCAGCAGCAACAGCACCAAAGGAUCAAGCACCAAAAUUAGCACAAGAGCAUGUUGCAGAAGAACUUCCGAAGUCCAAGCAAGAAGCGGAAGAAGAACCUUUCCGGCUAUUUAAAUGGCCAAUGAGACUCAUAGGGCCUUCAGUUUUACUAAUGACUGCCAUGGCACCCACAUUGUGGCUACCUUUACCUGCUGUAUUUGAAGCAGUGGACCUUUCCGGGUUUCUGUCACUAGUUGGGCUCGACUGCGUCUUCAACAUCGGCGCUACCUUGUUCUUUCUAGUGUCUGAUGCUUAUGGCCGUCCGAAGAGCCAAUUGAGAGCAAUUGAAAGCCAAAUACCAUUGAGCAACAAGUUGUGGAAUACGGUUGCUAAUGCGGCCGGCUUUGCCUUUCCUUUAAUAAUGCUGAUGGCCUCGUCGACAUACACCCUCCGGCCACCAUUGCCAUUCAUCUCUUUCACAGUGAUGCUCGGACCAUAUCUUCUAAUGUUGGCUGUGCAAAUUGUAGCUGAAGUGCUAACAUGGAGAUGGAAAUCUCCGGCUUGGUUAGUUGUCCCUGUAGUUUAUGAAGUUUACAGGGUGUUCCAGUUGAGGAGGGCAUUAAGAUUGGCCGUUUUGCUUGGAGCGCCGGUGUGGUCAGUAGAAGGCCUCUUAGUCUUGAUCUCAGGGUGGCUCUUGAUUCUUGUUGUUCAACUCCUCAGAGUUGCUUGGUUUUCUGGUUAUGCUGCAAGAAGUCAACAACGGUUACCAUGGUAA